GAGCCUUCUGGGACCAUGGUUGGACUGAAGCCUUCGGAGGUGCCUCCCACAACGGCUGUGAAGUUCCUGGCGGCAGGCAUGGCAGCCUGUUUUGCUGACCUCUUCACCUUUCCACUGGACACGGCCAAGGUCCGCCUGCAGGUCCAGGGGGAGAAUCAGGUGGCCCAGGCGGCCCACAGUAUCCAGUACCGCGGCGUGCUGGGCACCAUCCUGACCAUGGUGCGCACCGAGGGCCCCCGCAGCCUCUACAAUGGGCUGGUCGCCGGCCUGCAGCGCCAGAUGGGCUUCGCCUCCAUCCGCAUCGGCCUCUACGACUCCGUCAAGCAGUUCUACACCCCCAAAGGAUCGGACCACUCCAGCAUCACUACCCGGAUUUUGGCAGGCUGCACUACGGGGGCCAUGGCAGUAACCUGUGCCCAGCCCACGGAUGUGGUGAAGGUCCGAUUUCAGGCCAGCGUGCACCUUGGGCCCAGGAGCGAUAGGAAGUACAGUGGGACAAUGGAUGCCUACAGGACCAUCGCCAGGGAGGAAGGGGUCAGGGGCCUAUGGAAAGGAACUUUGCCCAACAUCACAAGGAAUGCCAUUGUCAACUGUGGUGAGAUGGUGACCUAUGACAUCAUCAAGGAGAAGCUGCUAGACUAUCACCUGUUCACCGACAACUUCCCCUGCCACUUUGUCUCUGCCUUUGGAGCCGGCUUCUGUGCCACAGUGGUGGCCUCCCCAGUGGACGUGGUGAAGACCCGGUAUAUGAACUCACCCCCAGGCCAGUACCACAGCCCCCUUGACUGUAUGCUGAAGAUGGUGGCCCAUGAGGGUCCCACGGCCUUCUAUAAGGGGUUUACACCCUCCUUUUUGCGUUUGGGAUCCUGGAAUGUGGUGAUGUUCGUAACCUAUGAGCAGCUGAAACGGGCCUUGAUGAAAGUCCAGAUGCUACGGGAAUCUCCAUUUUGA